UCUCCUCCUCUCCUUCACAGCGCGGCAGCAGCAGCACAUGCGCACUGCGGACACUGCACAUGAACUGACCAUACAAUCCUUUCACCGCCGCAUCGUGCACUAAGACAACCGUAUUGCGUAAUUAUCUGGCUGCAUCGUGAACCACGCGUGCGGGCGUUAGCCUAUGUCUGAGAUCCCCCUGCAGAGUCUUGGACGAGCCAGGAAGUCAAAGGCUGGAUACGUACCUCUCCAGAACGGCGAGCCGAGCGGCGACAACGACGAGGAGGGAGACAGCAUGUCGAUGAGCACCAGGGCCGCUGCAUCGUCUUCAGCCAGGCGGAAGGGCAAACGCAGGGAGAGGUAUGAUGCGGAACGCGCGGAGGAACACGCUACAUUGCUCGGAGACGAGUCGCAGGAGGACGUGGAGUUGGAAGAGGAGAGCGAUAGUUCAAAGAAGGCGCGGAAGCCGGAAUCGCCAUCACAGCGGUCGUCAUGGGCGCGCAGGUUCAAACCACCACCUCAAGACAAAUCAAGAGCGGUGCCAUUCCGCCCUCCAGACAAGCUGCGAGGCCACUUCCCACCAAACAUCAUCCGGAAUCAAAAGUACAAUGUCAUCACAUUCCUCCCCAUUGUGUUCUAUGAACAGUUCAAGUUCUUCUUCAACCUCUACUUCCUCGUGGUCGCGCUCUCGCAGUUUGUCCCUGCGCUGAAGAUCGGGUUCAUCGUGACAUACGUCGCGCCUCUCGCAUUCGUCCUAUCCGUGACAAUGGGUAAGGAGGCUUAUGAUGACUAUAAGCGCAAUGUACGCGAUCGUGAGGCGAACUCUGCCAAAUACAUCGUCCUGGAGCCGGACACCUACGCCUCGCAGCAGGCUCCGCCUGACCCAAAUGUCCAUCGCGAGAGCGGGGUGUGCAUGCGCUCUAUACCCUCCUCGGUGCUGCGAGUAGGCGACUGCGUUCUGCUUGAAAAGAACCAACGUGUUCCCGCCGACCUGAUCCUGCUCCGCACGUCGGACCACUCGGGGGCGUGCUUCAUCCGGACGGACCAGCUCGACGGAGAAACGGACUGGAAGCUGCGCGUUGCUGUCCCGUCAUGUCAGAAGCUUCAAAGUGAUGCAGAGUUGCUUAGGUUAGAUGCUGAAAUCUAUGCCGACGCGCCAAUCAAGGACAUCCACGCAUUCGUUGGGACUUUCACCGUGAAUGCUCCUCCGGCCAUCCUGGAGGACGACGUGCCCAUGGUCCAACAACCGACUGUUGAGCCUCUCUCAGCGGAAAACAUGUUAUGGGCGAACACAGUCCUUGCAGCUGGCUCCGCCGUCGGAUUCGUUAUAUACACUGGUUCUGAGACUCGUGCUGUUAUGAACACUAGUCACCCGGAAACCAAAACAGGACUGCUGGAUUUGGAGAUCAACAGACUCGCGAAGAUCCUAUGUGCGGUCACUUUCGCUCUGUCGUUCGUGCUGGUGGCCCUGAACGGCUUCCGCGGCUUGUGGUAUAUCUAUAUCUUCCGAUUCCUUAUUUUGUUCUCUUCUAUUAUACCUAUCAGCCUGCGAGUCAAUUUGGAUAUGGGCAAGACAGUAUACGCGCAGCAGAUUAUGUCAGACAAGGAGAUACCCAAUACGAUUGUGCGGACAAGCACGCUUCCGGAGGAACUUGGGCGGAUAGAGUACCUGCUUAGUGACAAGACAGGUACUCUUACGCAGAAUGAGAUGGAAAUGAAGAAGCUGCAUAUGGGCACCGUGUCUUAUGGUUACGACUCUAUGGACGAGGUCGCGCAUCAGCUGGCUGUUGCCUUUGGUGCGAGCACCGAGCAAGUCAAUCUUCGAACGGGAUCCAACCCGACUGGAGCGCAGUUGGCCACUCGGGGGCGCAGAGAUAUGUCUUCACGUGUCCACGAUGUCGUGCUGAGCUUGGCACUCUGUCAUAACGUCACCCCAGUUACUAACGACGAUGGGACGGUCACCUACCAGGCCUCCUCGCCAGAUGAAGUCGCCAUCGUGAAAUGGACGGAGUCAGUAGGCCUCACGUUGACGUUCCGUGACCGUACGCGCCUCGAACUCCGAACACCAUCUGGUGCCCAUGUUUCGUUCGACAUCCUUGAUAUUUUUCCAUUUACCUCCGAGUCAAAGCGUAUGGGAAUCGUCGUGCGCGACACGCAGUCGGGUGAGAUCACCUUCCUACAGAAGGGUGCGGAUGUAGUCAUGACCCGCAUCGUACAACGGAACGACUGGCUCGAGGAGGAAUGUGCCAACAUGGCCCGAGAAGGUUUGCGCACACUCGUGGUGGCGCGGAAACGGCUGAGCGAAGCGACCUAUGCCCUCUUCAAAGAACGCCAUCAUCAGGCGAGCAUCCGCGUGGAAGGCCGAAAUGAGGCCAUGGCCGCCGUCGUGACUGGACUCCUUGAACACGAGCUGGAGCUGUUAGGUCUGACUGGUGUCGAGGACAAAUUACAAGAUGAUGUCAAAUCGACUUUGGAGCUGCUUCGGAAUGCCGGCAUCAGGAUCUGGAUGCUCACAGGCGACAAGAUUGAAACUGCUACUUGCAUAGCAAUCUCCACGAAGCUGGUUGCGAGGAAUCAAUACAUCCAUCAGGUUGCGAAGCUGAAGACCUCUGACGAAGUUAGAGAUCAGCUUGAGUUCCUCCAGAACAAGCUCGAUUGCUGUCUAGUCAUCGACGGGGAGUCAUUACAAUUGUGCAUGAACCUUUUCAGGGACGAGUUCGUCGAGAUUGCGACGAAACUCUCUGCAGUUGUCGCCUGUCGCUGUUCGCCCACUCAGAAGGCAGACAUAGCACGGCUCAUCCGCAAGCAUACCAGAAAGCGGGUCUGCUGCAUAGGAGACGGAGGAAACGACGUCAGCAUGAUUCAAGCGGCCGACGUUGGCGUUGGAAUUGUCGGCAAAGAAGGCAAACAAGCGUCCCUGGCUGCUGACUUCUCCGUGACGCAAUUCAGCCACCUCACAAAACUCCUGCUAUGGCACGGUCGCAAUUCUUACCGCCGUUCUGCGAAGCUGGCACAAUUCGUCAUUCAUCGCGGCCUCAUCAUCUCGGUCAUGCAAGCCGUGUUCUCGGCCAUCUUCUACUUCGCUCCGAUAGCGUUGUACCAAGGAUGGCUCAUGGUCGGAUAUGCCACUGUCUAUACGAUGGCGCCUGUGUUCUCGCUUGUACUCGACCGGGACGUGAGUGAGGAUCUCGCGCUGCUAUAUCCGGAGCUGUAUAAAGAGUUGGUGAAGGGCCGAGUGUUGUCGUACAAGACAUUCUUCAUGUGGCUAAUGAUCAGCGUGUAUCAAGGAGCGGCUAUCAUGAUCAUGUCUUUGUUGCUGUUCGAAAACGAGUUCCUGAACAUCGUGUCCAUCUCGUUUACGGCCUUGGUUCUCAAUGAACUGAUUAUGGUGGCAUCAGAGAUCACUACAUGGCAUAUCUACAUGGUGAUGGCCGAAGUAGUGACACUGUUCUUCUACUCGAUCAGCAUUGUGUUCUUGCCUGAAUACUUUGAUCUUUCCUUUGUGCUUUCGGUGAGGUUCGCUUGGAAGGUGGCGGUGAUUGUCGCGAUCAGUGCAUUCCCACCGUAUGUUAUAAAACUUAUAUACCGUCGGGUCGCACCCGCCGCCUCCAGCAAAUUACUGUAACUUAUGCUGUUCAUGCAUUCGCGUUCCUGCACUUCAUGUUGGACCUUUCUGUUUUGUCAAAUGCAUUUACAUGAUUGCUUCUGGA